CGGAAAACCUGGACUUGUUCAAGCUAGCGGAUCACUGGUCUGAGCUGAUGUUGUUAUCUUACCUGUCAUCACUCAGACAUAGCUGAAACUAAAGUUUUUGUCACUCUUCAUCUUCUUCUUUCAUCAGGCUCUAAUGUUAUGGAUGAACCAUGAAGGCCCAGUUGCAAGUUACUGUGCUUUCAGCUAAGCUGAAGGAAAACAAAAAGACCUGGUUUGGUCCAAGUCCAUAUGUUGAAAUAGCAGUGGAUGGCCAGUCAAAGAGGACUGAGAAAUGCAACAACACACACAGCCCUAAAUGGAAGCAGGCUCUCACAGUAAUUGUGACGCCGUUCAGCAAACUGAUAUUUCGUGUUUGGAGCCAUCAGACACUCAAGUCAGACAUUCUAUUGGGUCUAGCUACAUUGGAAAUCAGCAAGACCCUUAAGGCCAAUGACAUGAAAUUAUGUGAGGUCGUGCAGACACUGCAGCUGUGCUCUGACAGAGACCCCCAGGAUCUUGUAGGUGACUUGUCAGUCUGUCUGGAUGGCAUGCAGGUAGACCCAGAAACCUUUGUCUUGGCAGAGAGAGAACAAGGUGAGAGACCACGCUCACACAAACCCACUAAAGCACUGAAUACUGACUUCAGUCAGUUCCCUACUCUUGUUCUUGCUCAUUUCAUAGCCUCUUCUAGCAGUUCUUCUCCUAGUGAACUCAGCGAAGGCCCAGCUUCCGAUGGUUCCUCUCAGGCAUCAGCUAGUGGGUGUUCAGAUCAGCAGAAUGAAUCAAAUGCAAGAGCGGCAACAUCAAGUUCCUCACAGACAGCAAGUGUUCCUAAACAAGGGGCCAGUGCCUCAGCAACAAUUCCCAGGGUGGCUCCCAUAAACAAUGGUCCCUUGCCCCCAGGGUGGGAGCAAAGAGUUGACCAGAAUGGACGGGUAUACUAUGUGGAUCACAUUGAGAAAAGAACAACCUGGGAUAGGCCUGAGCCUUUGCCUUCAGGAUGGGAGCGCAGAGUGGAUCCAAUGGGUAGAGUUUAUUAUGUUGACCACAUAACCCGAACUACUACAUGGCAAAGACCCACACAGGAGUCAGUGCGUAACUAUGAGGAAUGGCAGCACCAGCGCAGCCAGCUCCAGGGAGCCAUGCAGCAAUUUAACCAGAGAUUCAUAUAUGGGCUUCAAGACCAGUUUGCAGCCACAGCCAGUAAAGAGUUUGACCCACUAGGACCUCUGCCUCACGGAUGGGAAAAGAGAACUGACACCAAUGGUAGAGUGUAUUUUGUCCAUCACCCAACUCGCAGGACACAGUGGGAAGACCCAAGGACCCAAGGGCUGCUGAAUGACAAGCCUCUGCCUGAGGGUUGGGAGAUGAGGUUCACUGUGGAUGGUAUUCCCUACUUUGUAGAUCACAAUAGGCGAACAACAACCUACAUUGACCCUCGCACAGGGAAAUCCUCACUUGAGAAUGGGCCACAGAUAACUUAUGUCAGGGACUUCAAAGCCAAAGUGCAAUACUUCAGAUUCUGGUGUCAGCAACUGUCGAUGCCUCAGCACAUUAAAAUUACAGUUUCACGCAAAACUUUGUUUGAGGAUUCAUUUCAGCAGAUCAUGAGUUUCCACCCACAAGAUCUUAGGCGUAGACUUUGGAUAAUUUUCCCUGGUGAGGAAGGCUUGGACUAUGGAGGUGUGGCCAGGGAAUGGUUCUUCUUGCUGUCUCAUGAGGUGCUGAAUCCAAUGUACUGUUUGUUUGAGUAUGCUGGCAAGGACAACUACUGUCUUCAGAUCAACCCUGCCUCUUACAUCAACCCGGAUCACCUUAAGUACUUCAAGUUCAUUGGGCGAUUUAUUGCCAUGAUACUAGGUUUUGAUAACCUAUGCACACAAAUGAAGAGUUUGAGAGGACAGAUUGGGCCAUGUGCAUUAUUUGAGGACAAUAAUAUAGAGGAGUGCGGUCUGGAGAUGUUCUUCUCCGUUGACAAGGAGAUACUUGGGGAGGUCACCACACAUGAGCUUAAACCAGAUGGAGGGAACAUUCUAGUAACUGAAGAAAAUAAAGAGGAAUACAUCAGGUUAGUGGCAGAGUGGAGGCUAUCCAGAGGUGUGGAGGAGCAGACACAGGCUUUCUUUGAGGGCUUCAAUGAAGUUCUUCCACAGCAAUACCUUCAGUACUUUGAUGCUAGAGAAUUAGAGGUGAUGCUGUGCGGUAUGCAGGAGAUAGACUUGGUGGACUGGCAGAGAAACACAAUCUAUAGACAUUAUGCCCGAACUAGCAAGCAGAUAAUGUGGUUCUGGCAGUUUGUGAAGGAGAUGGACAACGAAAAAAGGAUGAGACUUCUGCAGUUUGUCACAGGAACCUGUCGUCUUCCCGUGGGCGGCUUCGCUGAUCUAAUGGGAAGCAAUGGUCCACAGAAGUUUUGCAUUGAGAAAGUUGGAAAAGAAAACUGGCUUCCACGAAGCCACACAUGCUUUAAUCGUCUGGACCUCCCUCCUUAUAAGAGCUACGAACAGCUGAAGGAGAAACUCAUGUUUGCCAUAGAGGAAACAGAAGGAUUCGGGCAGGAGUAAAACUAUAAGUGCAAAUGUAUAGGAUGGUGGUGGAUUUGGAGGAGCCAUAUCCAUUUCAGACAAGAGCACUUUCCAGCAGAUUGUCUUUGUAGUCAGAAGCUGCUUAUGAUCUGGUGGAAGAACUUAUUAUUACUUACUUAUAGUUUGUCACAAUUGCAUAUUCAUAAAGAAAAAGCUGUAUUGUUAAAAAUUAGUUUGCUUCAAACGAGACCUUAAAAAUCCUCUUAACCUGGUUUCACCUCUUUCCUGUAGUAAGAGAUGAUCAGUUCUUUCCUAAUCCACUGUCAGGCGAUGGAGGCGGGGCCUUUCUUGCAUUGUCGUGUUUGCACUUGUAUGAAGACUGACUGCAGUUUCUACAUCUACAUGUGUGAAUAUGCAGUAGAAACUUAUGAGACACUUUCUGGUUCUAUGCAUGAGAAUGAAGAACCAUAUUUGUGCAUUUUGUCUUAAAGGAUGGAAGUUGAUAUGUUAAAAACAACAUCAGAGGUUCACACAUGGCUUUGAAUCUCUUCCCCCCCCCCCCCAAUCGCUGACUGACAGACUGUAAAGACUCCCGUAGCACUUAUACAAUUUCUUUAACACUUUUUGCAAAACAUAAUGAUAACUUUAUCUUAUUUUGACAGGUUUAUUUCUUAAAAUUUUAAUGAGUUAAAAUGCUGAGUACCUUUGCACAUUGUUGUGUGAGCAGUAAGAUGCUUUGAUUGUUCUUGAAAGAUGUGGUAUUUUUAUGUGCAAUUGUUUUGUAGGAAACAUUUUUCCAGAUAAGAGUCAAAGCUGUUUGAUCAUUUUUAUAACACUUUGAUAAUAUUUACCAUUUAGUGUUGAUUUCAAUUCCAAUAUGAAGUUGGUGAUAUAUUUGGUGAGAUUAAUGUGGUUGUGAUUUGAGAAGAGAUUACCUUCCCAUACUGUGCUGUCUGAAAUCAGAUUUAAGUGUGGACGCUCAGCACUUUUGUCAGUCAGGGAACAUGACGGGCUUUUCCUGAUAAUUAACUUGUUACUGAUGAUGUGGAAUGUCAAUGAACAAUUUCCAUGAGAUGGUAACCGAUCUCUGCAAAUUGCCCAGAGCAAAGUAUUACAUGUGCUGACGCUGGGUUUCUGAGGGCGCCGCCUUUUUUUCUCUCCCACAAAAUAGAUAAAAUGUGGCACAUUUAUUAGGAAACAAAAAGGUUUUUAAAAAAUUGUAUAUUUGUGUGUGUGUGUGAUGAUGUUAUGAUACCACAAUACAACAAAAAGGAUUAAUGACUAUUCUGAUUAUUAACAAAUUUAUCUGUGGCUAAGGCAGUUUAUGUAAAUAUACUCCAAAGUUUAAUCAAAAGGAAAGUGACUUAUUUUAGCAAUAGAACUUCUCGAGUUGCUGGCAAGAUGUGAAAUAAGAUCUGAAUUAUGAUAGCAAGUGGCCCUAGUUUUAUAGGGCGUAUGGCUUUCAGAUUUGUACAGUUGUAUUGUAUUUCAUGACUUUUCAAAAUGUUGUCUGCUGACAGAUAUAGUUUAUUUUAGGUAAAGUAUCACUUAAAUAAAAUCUUUGGAACCAGUCUAACAAAUGAGUUAAAUUAAUUAAAGAACUCUUAACAGAGGUAAUCAAUUCCGAACAGUCCCCCCAAAGUAAUUACACACAUGAUAUCAAUGGUCAGUACUAAGAGUUUGUUAUUUGUUUUACUUGUGGUAAAGUAUAGAAAUUAAAACAAAGGAGGCAACUGCUCUGUUCUGCUAAAAAGAAAAGAAAACUAAAAAUAUAUUUUGUAUUUAAAACAAAUUUACCUUGCUGAGGAAUUAUGAUAUUCACAUUCACGUUUUAAUAAUUUUGUUGCCAUUAUAAAAAGACUUUGCUUUUUUCCCCAUUUACUUAGAAUGUAGUUAUACAAGUGAAUGACACCAGAAACAAAGAUGUAGCCAGUGAAAGUAAGCACAUUUGAAAAGAUUAUUAGGUCAGUAGGUCUUAAUAAAUUUUUAUAAACAGGAUUGAAUAAACAGGCCCAAAACCUAUAUUAUGAUUUCUUUUUUUUAAUUUAUUUAUUUUUCUUCCCACUGUCCAGCCUUCAACCUGUGGUAGUGUGUAUGUUGGCAGCGUGGUGUAAAUUAUCUGCAGUAAUUCCAGUGUGUGGCCCAGAAAAUGAUUUUAUACAUGAUGUCUUUAAGAUACAGAUUGAAAUGUAAACAGACAAAAUACUGUCAUUUUUAAUGUACUCGUGUGUGAACCAUGUGGCUGUUUUUCCAUUUCAUGUCGUCAGCACUGCAGGUAGGAAAAAAAAAAAAGGACUUGUCUGAUGUAAGUGAUCCCUCGUUGCUGUGAUGAGUACAUUCAUUCAGGCCACACCUCCACCGCCACAUACCAGUUUUUCUUCAUUUAAUUGUGUAGGAUGUUUCACUUGACUUCACCUCUAUUCCCUUACUGGUUGUACACCCAUACACUUGCAGUGUAGCUACUCCUGUGCAGAUUAAUGUAAAAAAAAUUGCAUUUUUUUUUUUUAAGUAUGUUGACUGUUGAAUAUUUAACAGGUAACAAUAUUACAGCACAUUGACACGGAGUGGUUGAAUUAACCACUUCUGUGUUUAACCACCACUGUGGUCCAGGUCAUGGGGCAGAUGAAUAUAUUUAAAAAAUAUGCAAAAUGGUGUUUGACUUGUUCUGAUUGCACAGUCAUUCGAAUAGUAGACUAACAUUUUUUAUACACAAGUGGAAGUUUGUGGAUAAAUAUUAGGAAGAUGAGUUUCUUGUAUCAAUGGAUUUAGUAGAUUUAAAAAAGAGCAAUAAAACAAUUAAAACAC